AUGGCGGAGCGGGAGCGCCCGGAGCUUGGGGUCGGCCUCAACUCGCAGAACGAAGUGAACGGAUGGACCUGCUUGCACUGGGCCUGCAAGCGCAACCACGCAGCGGUCGUGGCUUACCUGCUGCACGCCGGGGCUGACAAGGACAUCCAGACCAAGAAAGGGGAGAGGCCAGCCCAGUUAACAUCCAAAAGAGAGAUCAGGAAGAUGCUGGGAGUGGAAGAUGAACUCCCAGACUUAAAGCAAGAUUCAGAUCUGCCAAUCAUCCCCAAUUACCUGGCUAACCCACCUUUCCCAUAUGUUUACAACACCUCGAGUACCAGCAUUCCAGAUCCUACCUUGAAUGGGGACCUCUCACACUUGGAAACACAAGGCACCAACUCUCCAUCUGUAGCUGACCUGGACACCUACAGACCAGCACGAGCACCACUGCUACAGCUUGGGAAUACUGCUCCUGAGGCACCUCCCAACGGGGACAUCCCACCCCUGCCUCCAGGCUCUGCUGGGCCAGCACACCCAAAUCCUGCCCUCCAGAGAGCUCCUGUGUACCAGGGGUUGGUGUCUUGGGGCAGAAGCCCCUCUUCACCAGCAGGAUCCAGCCAGUCUCUACCCCAGCAAGGGAACAGCUCCUGCAUGGGACCUGUGCCAGCCUUUCAGCCCGUUUUCUUCACAGGAGCCUUUCCACUCAACAUGCAAGAACUGGUGCUUAAAGUGAGAAUACAAACCCCUAAUCUUAGAGAAAAUGACUUCAUUGAAAUUGAACUGGACAGACAAGAACUGACCUACAAAGAGCUGCUCCGAGUGAGCUGCCGUGAGCUGGGUGUGAACCCUGAGCAUGUCCAGAAGAUCAGAAAAUUACCAAAUACAAUGUUAAGAAAGGACAAAGAUGUUGCAAGGCUACAGGAUUUCCAAGAGCUGGAGCUUGUUCUAACAGUAAGCGACAAAAACUUACUUUUCAGAGUCCCGACACUUUCUGAACAGAGUGGGUAUAACAAGAAGGCAUCAGAACUUACAUACUAAUUGAGGAGUAAAACAAAAGAUUUUUAUCUUUCAUUUUACAAUUAUGUUUGAAAAACAGUAUCUAUAAGGGCUAAUGAUGUGAAAAAAUCUAUUUUGUUAACUGUGAAAUAAACUGAAGUGGUUAUACACAUAUACAGCUUCCAGUUAAUCUAAGAACAGUGAGUCUGGGAUAAAAGUAGCUCAGUGCACAGGAAAGGAAGUAUUAUAGAACUAUCUGUUAAUGCAACACUCCCUUAAAAAAAGCUAAUGAAAUACUGCAGAGUUAGCAGCUCUCAGGGAAAGGUUUACCUUAAGCUGUUCUAAUAAUUUGUUUGCUAUAAAAUAGCACAGGUACUCAAGCUAAAGAACCUGCCAUGAAGCCCAUUUAAUAUUUGUACUGAGUCCAUUACCAUCAAUGUUCUCUUUUUAGAUCAUGUUUAUUAAAUACUAUCUUAUGUAGAGGGAAAAAACCCAGAAGGGUUUACAUCUGUGGAAGCACAAAACUGUGUCAAGUUUAAAUUCUGUCAAGUGACUUAUUACCUGUGAUUUCUUAAUCCCUGUUUACACUUUUCCCUUUUUCUCAGGUUGAAAAUAAAAAUGACAGUAAUGAUCCAAAUAAUAAAUAUGCUCUCAACCAAAGUCCCUUUUAGUGUUGUCUGUCAAUAUAUACAUGAGCAAUUGACAUAUAAUGAUAUGUGCAAUUUAAUAUACUAUUUUUGUUACUGUGUUGACAUUUCUUCAAUGAUGCUUUAAUUUCCCCUUUUAAAAGCACAAAAAGUGAUUUUAUUUUCCUUUGACCUCUACAUUCCUGAGAAAAAUUGCAUCUUGAACCUAUAAAGUUAUCUGUGUAAAAGGCAAUUAGUGAAGUACCCAGGGUUUUCAGGGCUGAUAGCCAAUCUUGAUGCUCCUAUGCAAUGUAUUUUCUUUUUUUUCACUGUGACUUGUGUUUACCCAUGUAGUUAACUGAAAAGAAAAUCACAGUUACCUAAAAUUCAGAAUUUGACUACUUUGCUGUGAAAUUCUUGAAUAAAGAAAAUGAUAAGUAUUUAAGAGCUGGAUUUUAUCUGAUUUUUUAAGGAUUUUAGUAUUUAGUCACUUGAAUUUGAGGAAGAGUUCUACUCUGGUAGGCUAUGUGAAGAGCAGGUGCUGUGGAUUAGAUGAAUAAACUAAAGUAUGAGAUGUAACAGGCAAACAAUGUACCAAACUGGACUGAAUUUUCCUGUUUCUUUGCCUUCCCCCUCCUUCUCCCCAAUUUCUUUGGAAACUGUAGCUGCCAAAGGAAUUUAUCUUUAGUCUUGUAUCGGAGUUCAGAACCUGAGCAGGCUGUGCAGUGUCAGUGUGGCUGUUGGGGGAGUCAUGGGCUGAGUCCCUGUGCCUGGAGCUGGGGACCAAGCACAGCCUCCCCCUGUCCUGGGGGCUGUGGCAGGUAAGGAACAGCAGCUGCCUGUGUCCCUGCCUAUGUCAGUGCCAAUCCAGUUGGAACUGUGCCCAAAGCACCCUGGGCUCGCUGCUCUCAGCUCCUGGAAGCUGUUGGAGCACAGGGACUGAGCACACCAGAGGGAGCUCCCAACCUGCAGUCAGGCUCAGCUGCCAGCACAGAUCCUGCCAACACCUGAAUUCUCUUUGUGCCCAGUCACCACACUGAAGCUCAACCUCCCCACGUGAAUACACAAGGUUUUGUCACAGUGAAAAAGCUUCUUCUGCAAAGUGCCAGAGGUCAAACAUAGUCCCAGUCAUUGGCAAUAUCUGUUUUUAUACCAGAUUGCUGGUGGAAUAUUAAGUUCUCUGUAAUAGAAUAAUAAAAUUUUCAUUCUUCACAUCAGCCUGGCUGCUGCCUUCUCACAGGAUGGUUCAGGCAUUGGCUGAGUCCAGGAGGAUUCAAGGUUAAAGCUCAGCUGUUGGGGCAGCAGCUGAUGCUGAUCCCUAUCUAUGGAUUCCCAGGAAUAUUUUUAUACCUUGUGCGGUUUAUACCAGGAAGGUACUGUUAACACUCCCCAACCCCAUCAGGGUAUAACCACCUCACUCUGUGUGUGAUAAAUAAUUAAUUACUUUGUGCUCUUCUACAUGAAAUGUUAAUG